GCGGACCCUGGGCGCUCACGGAGUUGGCGUCCGAGCAGCGGCGGCGCGGGCGGAGCAGAAAGCAAGUGAUUGCUUUUCUUCCCUCCUUUUUGGAAGCCCUGCCUACCACCCAAUCUGCACUGUGCCGCUCAGGUCCUCGAUGGAUGAAGAAAGCGAGUUGAUUCAGCCCCAAGACCAGAGCUGCUGGGCCACUCUGCCCGAUGUGUGCCUGUGUCGUGUUUUCUGGUGGCUGGGAGACAGGGACAGGUCCAGGGCUGCACUGGUCUGCAGAAAAUGGAACCAGAUGAUGUAUUCGGCCGACCUGUGGCGAUACAGGACCAUCACCUUUAGCGGGAGGCCUUCCAGGGUCCAUGCAUCUGAAUUUGAGUCAGCUCUCUGGUAUGUUAAGAAGUUUGGUCGUUAUCUGGAACACCUGGAGAUCAAAUUCCUGAAUCCUUACAACGCUGUCUUGACCAAGAAGUUCCAGGUCACCAUGCGGGGCCUCCUGUCAUGCCUGGGCAGGAGUAACAACCGUCUGAAAUCUCUUUCCAUACAGCACCUGGAACUGGACCGCCUGGUGUGGAGAAACAGCAUACGGAGCUCCUUCAUCAAGAGCUUGAGCUUCUUCUUAAAGAAAAUGGGCAAACACCUGGAUUAUCUCAACCUGAAAGGGGCCAGGAUGACUGUGGAACAGGGCUGCCACGUUCUCAACUCCCUGAGCUACCUAAGGAAUGAGAGUCUGGUCUCAGAGCUCAACAUCGAGGAUUAUUUCAGCCACCACCUUGCUGUCUACAGCAGCCCCCAGUUCCAUAAGACCAUGGGCACCUUCCACAACCUGACAGCCCUGACCCUCAACUACAACUGUAUCUCUGACGAGCUGCUGGAGAAUUUGUGUGAGAACAACGCCAGCACCCUCUGGACCAUAAACAUCAAAUGCCACAUUCAUGACCCUCACGGACAAGUCAUCUGGGGCAUGUCCUGGGCCAAGCUAGCCAGGCAGGCCACCAACCUGAAGGUGAACUUCUUCUUCGAGCGUGUGAUGAAGUAUGAGCGCUUGGGCCGGAUCCUCCUGCAGGAGAUCCCAGUCAGAAGCAUCAGUCUGAGAAGCUGCUACUUCAGCGACCCCGACUGGUCAAUGCGGCCCACUCUGAUGGACCUCCUACCCACCUUCCGGCACACUCUGCAGAAAUUAACUUUUGAGUUCAACAACAACCAUGAGUCCCUGGACGAGGAGCUGCACCUCCUCAUCUUAUCCUGCAGGAAAUUGUUUUAUUUCAAAAUCUGGGCUUUCCUUGAUGUUAAGUUCGUGGAGCGGAUCCUGAAAAGUCAGGAAGAGGGGCAGUGUGCCCUGCGCACACUCAAGGUGAGAAUUUAUACAAACAGAUAUGAGACAAAUGAAGAGGACAGGACCCUACGGGACAUUUACAGAAAGUACAGAAAGCUGAUCGAUUCAGAGCUUAACUAUUUUGUCAUCGCUUAUCCCAUGAUGUAAUGAGCACUCUCUGGAGGAAGAAAGCUAGGAGCACUUUGAAUUUGAAAACCUGUUCUUAUAGAACUAUACACUUGGAGCAUCCCCACUCCCACCCCUUUUUCUUCUCUCUCUGUCCUCUUUUGCCAGUUCUGCACCAACAUGAAUGACUCAGCACAGGCUGGGAUUGCUGGUGAUGUGAAGGCCCCAGGUGACUUUAAAGUGCUAUCUUUACCAACUA